AUGGCGUCGUGUGGCCUGGUGCAGCCACUGCUGGUGCUCGUGCUGCUGGCCGGCGCGGUGCGGGCCAGCCUCUACUUCCGCCCAGGCCAGACCUGCUACCGGCCACUGCGGGGAGACCAGCUGUCGCAGCUGGGACGCAGGACAUACCCCCGGCCGCAUGAGUACCUGUCUCCAUCUGAUCUCCCCAAGAACUGGGACUGGCGCAAUGUGAAUGGUGUCAACUAUGCCAGUGUCACCAGGAACCAGCACAUCCCCCAGUACUGUGGCUCCUGCUGGGCCCAUGGCAGCACCAGUGCCAUGGCAGAUCGCAUCAACAUCAAGAGGAAGGGGGCAUGGCCCUCCACCCUGCUAUCUGUGCAGAACGUCAUUGACUGCGGCAAUGCUGGCUCCUGCGAAGGGGGCAACGACCUGCCAGUGUGGGAGUAUGCCCACUUGCACGGCAUCCCUGAUGAAACCUGCAACAACUACCAGGCCAAGGACCAGGAGUGUGACAAGUUCAACCAGUGUGGGACCUGCACGGAGUUCAAAGAGUGCCACACCAUCCAGAACUAUACCCUCUGGAGAGUGGGCGACUACGGCUCCCUCUCAGGGAGGGAGAAGAUGAUGGCGGAGAUCUACACGAAUGGUCCCAUCAGCUGCGGCAUAAUGGCAACAGAAGGGAUGGCCAACUACACUGGCGGCAUCUAUGCCGAGUACCAAGACAAGGCCUAUGUGAACCACAUUAUCUCAGUGGCCGGAUGGGGUGUCAGCAGUGACGGGACCGAGUACUGGAUUGUCCGGAAUUCCUGGGGCGAACCUUGGGGCGAGAGAGGCUGGAUGAAGAUAGUGACCAGCACCUACAAGGAUGGGAGAGGCGCCAGCUACAACCUGGCCAUCGAGGAGUACUGCACAUUCGGGGACCCCAUCGUCUAGGGAGGAUGCCUCUGGAAGAGCAGUUCAUGGGAGUUGGGAUCCUGUGCGCAAGAUCGGUUAGCAGGACUGGGUGAUUGUCAAUCUUGGACACUGGUCACCAAACUGAACAUCUAGAAGGGUACCUGUUGACCUGAGAACCAUGUGGUACUGGCUAAGUGCACCUUGAGGAGGGCUGACCGCUGAUGACUUAAGUACCUGCACAAGGUGGUUCCAGGCUCCAUCUGCCAAGGCACAGGGCCUGUUUUCUUCAGCAGGGCGCUUGGUAUUUUGUGUUUAGCAAGUGUGGUCGCUAAUACCACAUUUAAGAGGUAAAAUGGUUCAGACUUAUUACCAGUUCUUAAAUCAUCUUGGAUUCAGUGUAGGGAGGGAGGUGGUAAUUUCAAAUUGUCCAAGUGAUGAAUAAACCAUCUGGUUCCACCCAA